AUGCAGCAACAUCCGCCGUAUAUGGAUCGGCGACAAGCGAGACUGAUCAAUAUUACAAAAAAGAGUAAAUGCGAUGAUUUUUAUACGAAAUUAGAACGUAUUCGAUCAUCAGCAGCCGCUUCUUCUUCAAAACAGUAUCCACGACGAACAGCACGAGAAUUAUUAGAUGAAUCGAAAAGAUUCUUUGUGAAGAGCCAGCAAGUUCUUUACAAUCGGCAAACUUUAUCAAAUAGUCAACGGCUAACCCCGACAUGUCGAAUACUACAAUCACAACGAACUCCAUGUGAAGAGCGUUCAUACAAUCGAGAUAAAUAUCGAUUAGAAAGUUCCAUUCAAACCUCAUCGAAAUCGAAUAUCGAUCAUACAUUUGAUAGUGUUAGUAUUCUCUCGCUUUCUGACCAAACAACAUUGGAUAGCAUUGACUGUCCGACACAAUUUAUCUGUGCACCCAUGCCAUCAACAGUGACCGUCAUUGAACGAAAUGCUCGGGUACUCAAAUGGCUUUUCCAAUUACAUAAAACUAAUGAUUCAUCUUCUUUUCAUUGUAAUUUAUAA